AUGGAAUCAUCUGGCAGGCGAAGACUUAAAAAAAUUGCCAUUCUAAAUGAAGAGACUCCUUUAGCACAAAUCCAAGACUACUCAUCCUCUGCUCAAAUUUCUACGCAAGAUACCAAUAAGCAAUCUAUUUCGGAUGCUGAAGAAACCUAUUAUGACGAAAGAGUAUCUUUUAAAGAUCUAAUAGCAAAUAAUAAGAAAACAGUUUUUUCUAAAAGAGAAAUCUUAGAUCCACUUAACCCAGAAAAUUUUCCAGGCCUGGAAUUUUCAUCAGCAAUUUACACACAAGAUGAAGAAGACACUAAUGUAAAAUCAAAAAGUAAAAGAAAGAAACCUAAAAGAAUUAGCGCCCCUAAGCUUCCGAGAUUCAAUAAAAUGAUUGAUUUCAAUCCAAUGUUUGAAGGGUCUACAACAGAGUUCGAAUAUUUAAGAGAUCAGCCACUGGAGCUGCCGAAUAAAAUGAAAACAAAUAAAGACAUAACUGACUUUCUAACAAAAUGCAAACAAGAUAAGCAAGAUAAAUCAAGUUAUUUAUUGGCAAAAAAUGUGCUAACUGAUGGUGGCCAGCAAGAUUCUCUUAUAAUAAAAGCUCCUGAAAAACUUGAAGGAUUUAUUUCAAAAAAGCAAGCCUUGCAACCAAGAGAUCUUUUAAGAGAAAAUUUGAUGAAUGAAGCUAGAGAAAGAAGAAUGAAUUAUAUAAGCCCUGAUAUGCUUUUCUUACUUACUUAAUUAUCUGGUGUUUAAGGUGUCUAGUGCCGCAGCCCAAAAGGACCUAUGGCAAAACUAGUGACGUAGGCGAGCCAUCUUGGAACAGGUCAGCCCUGGCCAAGCCUUCUAUCAACUCCUGCUUCACCAGUCUUGCUGCACGUCUCACCCGGCGCGAUGCCGUCGCCCUUGUCUCGACUCAGCUCCUGCGCGUGUUCCGCCUAAGGGUCAUCUUCCCGUGGAGAUGUGCUGAGAGGUAAAAACCCCGAAAUCUUGAGAGGACUGAGGAGCAGUUCCUCUGGUUAUCCCCAGAGUUAAACCGCUAUUGCUGUCCAGAAGUUCUCGAGUGAAAACCUAACCUAUAAAUAAAAUUCCAUGAGGGAGAGAGAAAAUUAGCAGAGCUAAUUUCUCUCGAACCGAAUGCCAUUUUAUUUUUAUGAUAUGCUUUUCAAUAAAUCUUCAAGUGAAUUAACAGGAAGGAAAAAUGAAAAGUCGCCUGAGCCUGUUAAAGAAGAAAAAAUUGAUAUACAAAGAGUUAUCGAGCUUGAAAAUGGAGUUUCUGAACCAAUUGUUUCUGAAAAGUCUAUAAAUUCCCAAAACUCAGAGCACAGUGAAGAAAGCGAAUCAAGUAAUCCAAAUUUAUCCCCCAACGAAAAAGAUGAAAAAAACGUAUUAGAAAUUCCUUCUCAGAAGUUUUAUAGCAAAAUCAUUGAUAACCCAGCAGUGUCCCAUUAUUUUGAAACUGAAGCUGAGCAAGGUAGUGAUAAUGAGGAACAUGAUAAUUACGUCAGGCCUAAAGAGUUCGAAAAUGAAGCAGAAGAAGUUGGAGAAGUUGAUAAUUUGAUUGAUCAUGCAAAAGUCGAUGACAAAAAAGAAAAAAUCCUGAAAAAGCAUUUAGGAGAUAUGAUCGUCAAAGAUUUCUAUCAAAUUACAAAAGUAAUUAAUGCUGAUUUCAAAGGGAAAAGGCCACCUGAUUAUUUAGAAGAAUCAAAUCUGGAUUUAAAGAAAAUGAAACUUAUGAAGCAGCAAAAAGAUACGCUGGAAGUAGAAACUAAAGAUACAAAAAAAUAUAAAGAAGAAAAAGUCAUUGGGGAAGACUUGGAAAAAGAAGAACACACAAAGUUGGAAAUGCUGAAAAAUUCGCAAGAGCUUAAAUAUAUUAGGAAUAUAUCAGGGAAAUCAAUUAUUCUUGAUGAAAAAUCAAGGAGCUAUUUAAAUUUAAUUGAAGAACCUAAUUAUCAGGUAGCCCGAAGAUCAUUGCUCAGCGAAAUCAGCAGAAGCUGAUCAAGAGGCUCUGAAGACUCAAAAGAACUACCAAAUAAAUCAGUCUCAUCAAAAGAAAAGAAAUAUGUUCCAGUGUUUUUUAAAAGAAAGUAA